AUGACUGAACUCAAGAACAUGAUGGCUCAAGUUCUUAAGGGACAGCUCAAGCAUAUCAAUGCAAUAGAAGGGAUGAGUGAUGCUAAUGAAGACCCAUCAAGAGAAUGUAUGGGAGACUUCUCUAAUGAAGCCAAUGAAGAAGAUGUGAACUACAUUGGAAACUAUGGGAACAAGGGAUACAAUCCAAGCUAUCGCCCAAACCCCAACAUGUCUUAUAGAAACCCCAAUGUGGAGAAUCCUCAAGACCAAGUGUAUCCACAACAACAAAGGCCUCCUUACCAAUCUCAAGGAAGCCAUUUCCAGCCAAGGCAAGGGUAUGAGCAGAGAACAUCAUAUCCGCCCAAGGAGCCUUAUGCUUCUUCACCAAAUCAAGCUCCUCCAAACCAACAAGGUGGAAGAUUUGAAGGAAUCCUCCAACAGAUCAUGGAUGGCCAGAAAAGGAAUAGAAAGGAGAUAUAUGAGAAGAUGGACACUUUGCAUUCUCAAGAUAAAGAUGAUGUCACAUGGUAUCUAAGGAAGCUUGGCUUGAGCAAGCUCUUCAAGAUAGAGUGCAGCGAGUACUCAAUGCUCACCAAGGAGUUCCUCUCCACAGUAGCUCUUGCCUUUCCCAACCACAAUGGAGACCAACCAGCUGGUGAUGGACUCCUACUCUUCAAGAUAGGCGAUGCCAAUGGGCGCAUCUCCAUCUCAGCUCUAUGCCAACUCUUUGGACUUCCCAAUGAGACAGCACAUGACUUCAAGGAGAACUCAAAGAGGAAACAAGCUGCCUUUGCUGAUUGGACACACUUUGCCAAUGAACCAUUCUUGCCUUCAAGAUCAAAGGUGUCUAGAAUCACUCAUCCAGCCAUUCGCUAUGUGCACCGCCUCAUCUCCACCACUUUCCAAUGCAAACAAGAAGCCAACAAGACAUUCAUCAAUGUGAGGAAGCUAGCUCAAGACUUGGAAGGCAACAAGAAGCUUUGUGUUCGUUUUGGGAGGCUUAUCACGGCCAUAGUACAACAUGUGGGGAUUGACAUUCCCAACUAUGAGCCACUACCCAAGCCAACCCCUUUGGAUCUCCAUGCUCUUCAGCACAUCCACUUCCUAAACCGUUGGACUAAAGACCCAACUCGGUUUUGCUAUGAGUUUCCAAUUGGUCCAGCCAACACUUCCCUUGUCUUGCUGCCACAUGAAGACAUCCCAAGCCUACGCUCAGCAUGCAGUCAAGACUCAACGCCGCCACCAAGAACGCCAUGUUCUCACUACUGGCAUGGCCGCGACCAAGCUCUAGACCGUGUUAACAAGCUGGAGAAGAUAGUGGAGUGCCAAUCUCGCUUCAUCUCACGCCUAGUUCGUGUAGUUCGCCACAUUGCACCGGAGAGACUCUUUCGCCCUUCUUCCACCGCUAGAGAGCCAUAUGAGCCUGACCUUGGUGAGUUCUCACUAGACUCAGAGCUUGGUUCAGAAGGCGAUGACCCCAUAGAUGAGGAAGAGAGUUCUUCUCACUGCCACACAUAG